UAAAUGUCAGAUUUAAAAACAAGAUACAUUUGGUGUGGUCUUUCUUAUUGUCCAUAUCCAAAAAUAAUAUAUUGACAAAGUAAGCUGAGACUUAAACUGGCUUGCUUUGAGGCAAUAAACCAGAUAGUCCAUUUCCUGACCCCCUCCAUUGCUUGUUUUGUCUGUCUAGCAGUGCAUGAUGUUUCUGUAAUGCUCUGCCAGCAUGUGUCAUAUUUGACUUGUCUACCCUGCAUGUUGUACUGACGCUGGCAUGCUUUAAGUAUAUUAGUGAAUGUGUAUAUAUGAUGCAUUAUCUUAGUUUGUAGCUCCAAUGCUAAUGUUUGUGGCAAGUGCACCUUUAUUUGAAUCUCAUUGUACAUUUUUGAUUUGGCAUUUGAAGACAAGCAUGCUAUCUUUGUAUCACUUAGGUCAAAAGACAUUUUAAAAACUGAUAAUUUACAGUAUCAGCCAUUUUUAUGCAUAACAUCAGUUAAGGUCUUGGUAUUGUUAUUUAAGAGCUUUAGGUGGCCUUCCACUAUUUUUAAGUGAGUGAGACUACAAUGCAUUUCAUGCAUGGCAUCAUCCUUCACUCUCUUCCUUUGCCUCCUUCUCAAGAUGCAUCAGAAGACAAUUGGAUUUUGGCAGAAGGCAGAGAAAGAGACACAAACACAUAAAGCUUUGGACAUCCAGCUUCUAUCUUGGCUGCUUUUUAGGUCCUUGAAACAAUUGUACCAGUGAGAGUAGUGCAAUUACACUCUGAAGUAAUGACUGUUGGUGCCCCCUGGUGCACAAAAUAUGCAUGCAUUAUGAAUAGUCGAGCAGGAUUUUCUUAGUGCGUCUUAAAUACGUGAUUAUCAGUUGCUCUACUGAAAUGCGUGAGAUUCCUCCCAUGAUCAGCUUAGAGAAAUUGUGCUGCGUUAUGUCCGUUUACACUUGCUUUCAAGAUGAGGGACAUGGUUUCAUAAUUCACCACUGAUCCAUCACUGUCACCAGCUAUUUCCUUCCAGAUAUUACAUUGACAUUACAUUUUCAGCGAAGGGUGGUGUCUUCUGACUAUCUCCAGGAGUGUAGAAAUCCUCAUAAUAACCCGUCCCUCAUGACCAGUAGCCAAAACUGGGCCACCCCAGGCUUCAGCCGGGUGGCAAACAAAGAGUGUCAGCAGGCAGGUCCUCACCUGUUCCCGGCCAGCGACGCAGGGUGCGGUCGCUGCUCCAGCGCAGAGAAGGACGCAGAGGCAACUGAGCAUCCCGAGGAGGAUGGCGCAGGCCAGCUGUCGGAGAGCGACGCCUUACCACGCCGGUUUCGCCAUCAGAGAGGUGAAAGGAAGGAGGGCAGGAAAUGUCUGCAUCACAGAGCUCUUAACGCGGGGUCCGGCCUCCAUGGAGACCCUGUCCACAACAUAAAGGUCUCCUCCAUCACAGGGCGUCUGAAGGCUUCUUUGGUGACAGAGAAGACCCUUCCUCAGGAACCAUUCAUCUCCCAAGUGCCAUUAAGAUUACAGAUCAAAGUGUCUGGCCAGAGGGGUAGUUUGGGAAUCAGCAUUGCUGGUGGGAAGGGCUCUCUGCCUUACAAAGACCAUGAUGAGGGCAUUUUUAUUUCCAGAGUAAAUAAAGGGGGGGCAUCAGAAAAGGCAGGGAUCCAUGUUGGAGAUAGAUUGCUGGAGGUCAACGGCCUCGACAUGCAGGCUGCGACCCACCACCAGGCAGUCAGCGCCCUCAGGAAUGCUGGGAGCUGCAUCAAGAUGAAAGUACUCAGAGAGAGGCUGCUACCUCCAGAGGUGUGCGACCUGGACGAGCCUCAGGGUCCUCAGGACGUGACGGGACGACAGCUGUGCAGCCAGGACGGCGGAGGCCAGAUGAGCAAACAGCCGAAAAAGGAAAGCGCAGAAGACUAUUUGUCCAAGAAGAUUGAGGCGGUUGUCUGUAACGGCAAUGGCAUUUCUGGUUUGGAGAGCGACCUGAAGAGGACCUUGUCUGAACUGGAGGCAGACGCCUUGACGAAAAAUGAUUCACUUCAAGGGGGGAAACAUAGAAUGACAAUCCCGCGGAUCAUCCUUACUCAUCCCUCUACCUCAGAUGAGGAUGUGGAGCUCUUGACACAGAGCGCCAGCAGAGAGCCGCUACAUGACCCUGACAGACGCAUACACUGUUUCGACAGCGCUUUCUACCCUCCUUGACCACAGGGAAGGGGUACAUACAGUACAUGAAGGCAACAGACUGUUAUUUUCCAGCUCUUCGUUCUUUUGGUACUGAAGCAUUUUCAGUGAUGUUACUGUGGAGGAUUAGUGUAAAACAAACUGUUGGAAUGUGUUUUUUACCGUCACUGCAAAGCUUUUUUGUCUGUCAGAUUCCAUUGCUGCUAAUAGUAGGCUAUUUGAUUAGUCAUUUACAAGAAUGGACAACUUCAAGACUAUUUUUAUUACUAAAACCACAGUUUUGCCUGUGCAACUACAUUGAACAGAGACUGUAAAGCAUGAACAGACUGAUCUCUAAUGUCCAAAUGAAAUACAUGUCAUAAUGUUAAAUACAGUCAAUUAAACAAUGAAUGCUGAUGGCUACCUCUACUACACACCACUGUGCUGUAAAUUAUGAAUGAGCUGGUAAAUAGUGUCUCGUCAUGCGACAAUGUGAAGCACUCAAACUUUUUAUAGUCUGUACCGAGAUAAAACGCCACAUGGCUGAACAGAGUGCACAGGAGGGAGUCCGAGUCUUGCAGAAUCCUGAGACGGACUGAACUCUGCUUCAUGUGUUCACACACCUCAUGUAUAAGAUAAAUUCAGAGAGAUUAUAUGCUCUGCUUUCUGAAAAGAAAAAGAGAGAGAUUAUAGAUGUCAUUACCUUCCUUGUAUUAUUUCACAGCUUUUACAUUCCCACAGUAACAACAGUUCAUUGUUGAGUGUUCACUUUCUCAAUAAAGUGCAAAUGUAUUGUU